GCUCGGAAAUAUCCGGGAGAUCGGACUUAACAGCUUUCCUUGAAAUGGGCAGGCAUUGCUACAUUUGGAUGGACGUAAUGACAUAUUGACUCGCGCGGGGAAAGAGUUUUUUAGUAACGCGCAUCGUUUUUUCUAAGGAGGAAUGAAUUUGGAGCGAAUCGCCGAUACUGUGAGACCCCAGCCAGCGCGCGACAUGGCUUCUACAUUUCAUUUGCCGAGAAGUUCUAACACAAGAGACACGUUAGAGCAUUCAAGCAGCGAGUCUUCAGAUACUGAGAUAGCAGAGAAAGAAAGAAGCGUUGAGCAAAGAAGCGACGAUGGUAACGGAGAGGACCCCAAAAAGAAGAAACAGCGGCGGCAGAGGACUCACUUCACCAGCCAACAACUUCAGGAGCUCGAGGCCACCUUCCAGCGCAACCGCUACCCCGACAUGAGCACGAGGGAGGAGAUCGCUGUGUGGACAAACCUCACGGAGGCCCGCGUUCGGGUGUGGUUCAAAAACAGACGCGCGAAGUGGAGGAAGAGGGAACGCAACCAGCAGAUGGAUUUGUGUAAGAACAGCUACCUUCCCCAGUUCAGCGGCUUGAUGCAGCCGUAUGACGACAUGUAUCCCGCCUACACCUAUAAUAACUGGACAAACAAAGGCCUGGCUCCAGCCCCGCUGUCCACUAAAAACUUUCCCUUUUUUAACUCAAUGAGUCCUCUCACAUCCCAGUCUAUGUUCUCAGCCCCAAACUCUAUCUCGUCGAUGAGCGUGGCUUCCAGCAUGGGGCAUUCCGCGGUGCCUGGCAUGCCAGCGACAGGCUUGAACAACAUCAGCAAUCUAAACGGUAUCGGCAGCUCGACGAUCAAUUCGGCAAUGACUUCGUCCACAUGCCCAUAUGGGCCUCCCGGUUCUCCGUACAGUGUGUAUCGGGACACGUGUAACUCUAGCCUUGCGACCCUGAGACUGAAAUCCAAACAGCACCCAACUUUCGGAUACAGCGGUUUGCAGAGUCCUGGCUCCAGUCUUAACGCGUGCCAAUACAACAGCUGACGAAUUAACGGAGCCAAACACGCGAAUCAGGCAAAAGACAACUGGAUAAGUUGCAACUGUUCAUUUUUCAAAUGGAUUAUGCGGGUUGUCUAUGUUUACCUGAACUUGCACAAUGAUUUAAAAUCCAUGUUCUGGAUUUCAAAGUGAUGAAGAUAUGUUACAUUGCAACAUUGUAAAUAACCUAAUGUAUUUGAACAAAAACAUGCCUGCGUUUAAGAUUCCAACAGUUCUUUUUCUGACUUGAGACAUGUAGACAGACUGAUAUAAACUAGGCCUCGAUAUCAUGGUAGUGGAAUGUAUAUAACCUUAAUCCUUUUGUGAGUGUCAUGUAGCACGGAUCUUAUUAAAAAACUUUGGUGCAGUCCCUGCCCUGCUUUUUUGCGCGUCUCACAGUAAGUCUUUUGUUUUUAUUUACAUUUUUUUGUUUUUGUUUUAGUGUUUGUGCGUCGUUGUUCAUUAUUUGAUUUGCUUCUAUAGAUAUAUACCUGCCGCAUGCUUGAGUGAAAAAAUAUUUUGUACAGAAUUAUAAAACGUGUAGGUUAAAUCCAAGGAAGCAACUCUGUAAUGUACACAGAAAUGAA